AGCUCGCAGAGAGGAACCGGACAUGAAAUAAUUGGUGUGCAAACAACAAGAAUGCCUCUCCAUUAACAGUGAAGUGGGGUCACCAUCAACCUCCGUAAUCCAAUUUGCCUGUGACGCGUCUCACUUGUUGCCCACGAGCGAGCAGGAAAAGACGGGAGACAAUCGCUGGAUUGGAUUUUAAAUUUUCACCUUGGCGAGAGUCGCAAGAAAUAUGGAACGAAUAAAAGGAAAGUUGGCAGACGACGAUUUAAUCAGAAAAAGUGCCACUUUGAAAAGGGCUGUCAAGCUGUGCUGGAACAACGGCCGAGUCCCUAACUCCCAGGUUUAAUUGUGAGUCGCCAUGGGGUGACCGCUACGUGGGCGCUCGUUCUUAUAAUCUAUUUAGAAUGUCUUGGGAAUGGAAAAGAAGGAAAAACACAACAAAGACACACCUCGCCUCGGCACUGGUUUAUAAAGCAGAUUUUCGCUAGGCUAUUUUGCGCAUACCAAUACUGACCGCGACACAGGAAACAUCUACUCGGAGGCACAAGGGAUAAUCAGGAUGCACGAAUGCCUGAUUAUCCUGAGCAUACUAGCCUGCAGUAGUGCGGUCUUUGCAAACUCCUCAAACAAAACUCAUCACUGCUGUGCGCUGAUACAACAAGUCGAUGCCAAAGCAAACGUGUCGAAGGCAAUGAGUCAGCCCCAGGGUAUGCCAGAAAGGACGCGACGUUCGAUUGGUGGAGAUCGCGACACUCGAGCCAAGUUUACUAAAGCUCUCUUUGACACCAGCUCCAAAGAAUUUUUACCAGCCAGAGGCAGGCGCUCCAAAUUUCAAAAACUGAAAGAAAUGAGUUCUGCUGAAAAUCCAUUUUGGGCUGCCAGAGGACGGCGAGCAUUUGAUUCAUCCAACGAAGACCCAUUUUGGGCGGCAAGAGGCAAAAAGCUAUUGGAGAGCUCGAUAGAGAGCACAGAUCCUUUCUGGGCCGCGCGUGGAAAGAAGUUGAUUGACAGCUCUGACGAAAAGGACGACCCGUUCUGGGCCGCUAGAGGCAAGAAAUUACUCGCGGUGGUUUCAGCUGAAGAACCAUUUUGGGCCGCUCGAGGCAAGAAACUGUCUUUACAAUCGUCGUCUGUUGAGGAAGACCCAUUUUGGGCUGCACGGGGCAAAAAGUUGGAAUCGUCAGGCGAGAACCCCUUCUGGGCUGCCAGGGGGAAAAAGUUAUUGUUUCAGUCGUCAGCUGAAGAGCCUUUUUGGGCUGCCAGAGGAAAGAGAGGGCUAAAGAUCCCGGCCGAAAAUCCAUUUUGGGCCGCCCGCGGCAAAAAGAGGCUGGAGUCAGCGUCGGCGGAAAAUCCUUUCUACGCUGCAAGGGGCCGCCGGUCCGGACGGAGCAAGGAAGCGCCCCCCGAUUCCAAAGAGGACCCGUUUUACGCACCCAGGGGAAAGAGGAACGCUCCCAAGGUUAUUGACGCUUCCAAGGAACUGGCAGGAAUCCUGAAGCCGAGAGCCAAUCGACAACCUGGCGAUGAAUUUUGGCCCGCUAGAGGUAAGCGCCUUUUAGCGUCAAGCGCCAAUAAUUUGCAGAGCUUCUGGCUCAACGCAGCAAAGAAAGAUAGCAGCAGCAACCCUUUGGCUGAACUGGACGAGGAAGGAGAUUUCUGGGCACGUGUGUUCGGCUUAGAUGAGGAUUCUGACGUCAACGUAUCAGACGUGGUUGCUCAAAUUUUGGGCAUCCGCACCAACACGCAAAAGAUUAAGAAAGAGAUGGGAAGGGAAGCGCCUGUCAACCCAUGGUAUUCAACUGACUUUUGGGCCACUAGGGGAUGAGCAGUUGUUGCAAACGCCACUUUAUGUAAUUACAUGCUGCUGGACGCUACGUUGCACAUGUUGACACUUUGGUUGAUGAUGAGAUUGGGAAUCAAUAAAAACAACCCAACCUGA